AUGAAGGGGAGGAGGAAGCAUUGGGGAAACACUGGAAUUGAGGAUCUUGAGGGACUCCAGAUUGGGAAAGGAGACGGGAAGGAAGACCUGGAGAAAGUGGUUCUUUCCUCUCCCAACUUCAUGACGGACUGUACUUCGCGACAAGGCCGCGAGAGUACCUUAACUGAGGAACACCGAGGGAAACUACAGCAACCACCCCGUUCCCACAAACUAUUCAGUCGCGGCGGUUGCAACUCCGGCCAACAUCUCGAAUGCCCGAUUGUUGUUUCUGCUCGCCAGCCACUAACCCACGACCGAGAAGCAACAUCAAACAUCAAGGAUGACGACCAGGACAGCAGCUGGAACUUGGUGACCGAGAAGAAGAUAAAAGAGAGCAAGCUUGUGACACCCUCCACAACAUCCUCGACCCUUGAUCGGCUUCGCCCUUUGCUGCCGGUAUCCGCCGCCGCCGCGUCUAUCGCCAUCGCCGCCGCCGCCUCCGCCGUAGCAGCUUUCACCACCCUGUCUAGUCUUGUCUACAUACGUGCCCACCUCGAUUACCUUACCAGGUACAUUCCUGCCUGGAAAAGCGUAACCAUACCUUACCGAUACUCAGGAACGGAUUCAAUCAUCUACCAGCAGCAAACUCACAUGAUCUUCCCUACCGACGACAGAGAAGAUUUGUUCGCACACGUACCUGGCAAAUUCCGCGACUCUUUCGCCUCCAGCACAACUUGGAACUUGGAACGGAAUCAUUGCCGAGCCAUCCAGCCCAGCCCGUCCACUCAACCUACCUACCUUGCCUACAAAGCAGCGUCCCCAGCCUGCCCAGCCGAGCCCAGCACUGGAAACUGGAGACUGGAGACUGGAGACUGGAGUGCAGGUGGAAAAGAGAGACAACGCCCACGGCCCACGGCCCACGAGCCAUGCCUUCCAAGUUCCGCCAAGCCAUCUCCCCAUUCGACAUUCCCGUCAGGUCCUCUCUCCCACGUCUCCUUCUCCAACUCUCGGCCCCGGGUCUCCAUUUUAUCCUUCCUUUUUCCCACCUCGCUGGUUGGACUUGAACUUGGACUGGUCGAACGCCCACGCUUUGGAUGCACUGAUCACCCGCCUUUACCACCCGCUUCCGCCUUCAGCGUUCCCGUCCAACAUCCUGAACGACCCCCCCAAAUCCUGGCAACUGCCACAACACCGGCCUUGCUACCCACGCCAACUGGUACCAUCCCGACUGGCGUCUCUGCGUCGCUGUGCCUCUGCGUCUGA